GUGUAGAUGGUGAUUGCGGGGGAUCAUGGCUUGUGUCACUCUGUGUUCUCUCCAGGGUACUUACCUGCUAGUAGUAAGAGUGGUCAGUUAUAACUGGAUAGAAAGUAAGUUUGUUGGGUUUGGGGGGUCCCGUACAUGGAUAGUGGGUGCUAUACCCUAUGACUUGAGUGAGUGUGCAUGAGUGGUGUUUCAAGGACGGGAUGGAAAGGAAUCGAAUUGGCCCAUGUACUGAAGCCUUAGGAGGACAGAUCCCCGGGCACACAACAACAACAACAUCAGGCCAUCCCCACUGGGGAUUAGUCCGAUUUCCCUUACGUAUGGUAAGGAGGUUAUUCCUGAUCGGAUCCUGGUAUAGAAUAAUAGUUAGUCACUUAGUAUUUACCCCUCGAAUGGUCACCAUUCAAAUAGCCUCGUCUUUCCCUCGUUUUCUUUGUCUUCAUCUUCUAUCUUUUUUCUCUCACAACUCACUCUCUCAUCCUUAAUCUCUCUCACUUCGCUAUUAUCUUUAACCUUCUUUGAUAACUUGUAUGUUUCUUGUCUUUCUGAGGGUUUUUUCUUGGGUCUGUUGGGUCUUUGCUGACGGUGUCGAUUCCUGUAGUAAAGUAUCCAUAUCAUCACUAUCAUCAUGGGUUCCACUCUUCCUCAGACUAUGAAGGCUCUUCGCUAUGAGAAGCCAGAGUCGCACGGCAUUGUCGACGUCCCGCUGCCUGAGCUCCGUGACAACGAUGUCUUGAUCAAAGUUAAAGCCUGCGGUGUCUGCGGAACCGACCUGCACAUCCACGAGGGUGAAUUCAUUGCCAAGUUUCCUCUCGUCCCCGGUCACGAAACUGUCGGUGUCGUCGCCGCCGUCGGCCCCAAGGUCAAGGGCUUCAACAUCGGUGACCGCGUCGUCGCCGACAACUCCGAGCUCUGCGGCGAGUGCUUCUACUGCCGUCGCGGCGAUGAGCUGUUCUGCGAACACUUCGAAGCCCACGGUGUUACCAUGAACGGUGGCUUUGCUGAAUACUGCGCGUACCCUGCUGGCAGGGUAUUCAAGAUCAAGAACCUUUCUGAUGUGGAUGCCACGUUGUUGGAGCCGGCGAGCUGUGCGGCGCAUGGUCUGGAUAAGAUUGCGCCGAAGAUGGGGUCGUCGGUGUUGUUGUUUGGGGCCGGGCCGACUGGUUUGAUCCUGGCUCAAUUGCUCCGCCAAUGCGGUGGCUGCCGCGUGGUGGUCGUCGCGCCCGAGGGAUUGAAGAUGGAUCUGGCCAAGUCGCUGGAUGCAGGUGACGAGUAUGUUGCGCUGUCGCGACAGGAUCCUAGCGCGCAGUUCCAGAAGCUGAAGGACGAGAACCCCUACGGGUUUGACAUUGUGGUUGAGGCCACGGGUAGUGUCAAGAUCCUAGAAGACUCGAUCAACUAUGUCCGCAGAGGUGGUAAGCUGGUCGUGUAUGGAGUUUAUUCCAACAAGGACCGUGUGUCUUGGCCUCCUAGCAAGAUCUUCGGUGACGAGAUUACUAUCCUUGGCAGCUUCUCUGAGGUGUACAAGUUCCCUGCGGCGAUUGACUACCUCGACUCGGGCAAGGUCAAGGUCAAGGGCAUUGUCAACAAGACGUUCAAGAUUGAUCAGUGGGAGGAGUGUCUGGCGGCGAUGAAGAACAAGACGGCCAUUAAGGCGGCGAUUACUUUUGAUUAGUGCUGGUCACUAG